AGGCUCUAGUGAAAUAGGCGCCAUUAAUACCAAUACGGAAGUAACAGCCAUUUAUAGCUUAGCAGGUGACUUCCGGUGAAAGAGGACCCGCCCACUGAAGCGAGAUAUCGCGGUGGUGAUAUAAAGCUAGCAAGAAGCCAUUACUAGCCGUAGGAAUUAAGCGUUUAUUCCUGUCUUUUUGUUUGCACACAGCGAGCAUGAUAAACAUUAAAAUGUUGUUUAUAGGCUGUGAAUGAAUUUGAAAACCGACACCGCGAUAAAAAGAAAAUUGGAAAGAGAAUGAAAGGAGGACCGGAGAAAGCGAUGUUUUUCCAAAGUUUUCCCCACACCGAGGAGGAGGAAGAGGAGGAUGUGCUGAAAGAGGAGGAGGAAGAGAAAAGCGUCUCCGGGGAUCCGUUUGUCGUGGUGAAGCUGGAAGAUGAAAGAGACGGACAGGAAGCGGAGAGGAGCGAGCGGUCAUCAGGGUGCGGGUCAGCGCUGGAGAUCAGCCUGUUCGCCCCGCUGGACUCCUCGGAGGACGGAGAGGAGGAGAGACCGCGGCCGCUGUCACACACACCCCCGGCCUGCUGGCCCUGUGCUCCGGGUCAGGAUGAAGUAAUCGUUUCUCCUCAGAGACGCCGGAGAGGACGCAGGAAGCGAGCGAAGCAAACUCGGCUGAGACACCGCAGAGAUCCAGCGGCUCAGUCUGGGCUGAAAACGACGGAGGAAACGGACGACACGGACGAGCCUCCUGACCUCUCCCCUCCAGAGAAAUGCGCCAAAUCCACGCUCUGGGACUUCCCCUCGCACAAGACGGCUCGCUCCGGAGUCUGGGAAUACUUUGAGUAUUUUAUAAACCCAGAAGGCGAGCUGGAGGAUUACGGCUUCCCGACCUGUAAACUGUGCCAGCUAAAGGUGGCGUGUAAGAGAGGAAACACAUCCAACAUGCUGCGCCACCUGCAGGAAAAUCAUGCCUUCGCCUACAGAGAGGCCAAGAGAGCAGACGCCCUGUGGCUCGACUUGGACUCGUCUGAUUCAGACAUGAAGGUGGAGUUGGAUGAGCAGAACCUGACGGCCGACUGGUGCAGUGUGGAGAAACCGAGCGAGGAAGAAAACGAGGACGAUGAUGACGGCGAUGCAGACUACACUGAGCACAGAGUUCCGGUCACUCCAAGGCGGAAGAGGCAGGUCCGGUCGGCCGUGUGGCAGUACUUCCAUUACGACGAGGACAGAAGGCCUAGCUGUAAGAUCUGCGGCUGGAAGCUCACUGCAGGAUCUUCAGGCAGCACCAGCAACAUGAGGCAUCAUCUGCAGAGCCAGCAUCAGAUCGUGUGUCCGCUCACUAAGUCUGCUGGUCUCAUAAUAACGUUACCUGAAGGAGAUGAGCCGAUUAAACUUUACCCGCCCACAACACCUCGCAAAUCGGCCGUGUGGAAGCUGUUUGGCUUCGUCAUGAACAGUGACGGUGUGCUGGAGGAGAAUGGCUUCCCCAUCUGCAGACUGUGCCAUCAGGUCGUCGCAUCCAAGGACGGAAACACCUCCAACAUGUACAGCCACCUGCAGCACCAUCACCAAGCCGUGUACGCAGAGCUGAAGCACGCGAUGGUUCCUGCAGGAGCGGAGCAGAGGCUGGACCUGUCUGAGGUCACAGAGCUGCAUCCUCCUGUAAAACGCAGAAACUCACCUGUUUGGAAAUAUUUUGGAUUUAUUAAAAGCACAGAGGGCGAGUUAAAAGAGGAUGGAUUCCCACUGUGUAAAAUGUGCCAUCGGAGAGUCGCAGCUAAAGACGGAACCACAUCAAACAUGCUGAACCACCUGCGGCGUCACCACCAGGCUGAGUAUGAAGAAGUGAAGCUGGCCAAUGAAACAUUGCCUCCAAGUCGCUCAGAGGAGGUGUACGACCUUCCUGAGCUGUUUCCCCCCAGCAUCGUCCCCCUGUCCCCUGUCUGGGAUUAUUUUGGCUACCCCAAAAACACAGAUGGGGUGAUCGAGGAGAACGAGCGUCCCAAGUGUAAAGCCUGCCGGCAGUCCAUCGUCUCCAAGCAGGGCAUUUUAUCCAAUAUGCUGCGCCACCUGAAGUUCUACCAUGACUCCUUAUUUGAGGAGCUAAAGUCCAGGACCGGAUGGCGCAGGUACAGGCCUUAUAAAGAGAGAAGCCGAGCCCCUCCCAUUCAGGCCAACCCAGACGAGCUGUACCCGCCCAAAAUGGCUCUGAAAUCUGGCGUCUGGAAACAUUUUGGAUAUCUGAGGAACUCUAAGGGUGUGGUCGUGCCAGAUGGCUUCCCGGUCUGUAAACUGUGCCUGAGAAAGGUCAGCACUCCAAGAGGAUGCACCACCAACAUGAUGGUCCAUCUCCAGAGAUACCACACCACCGAGUUUGCAGAAAUGAGGCUGAACGGCGACGAUAACGAUGACCAAACCCCCCGAGAGACUGGAGACCCAGGCCCGCUGUCAGACCUCUGCCCACCGCGAGACGUCCUGGAGCCCGUGUGGGAGCAUUUCGGAUACCUGAAAGACGCAGAAGGAGUGGUCCAGGUGGACGGACAGCCGACGUGUAAACUCUGUGGAGUUAAAGUUUCCUGCCCCGGUGAGAGCACCAAAUUCCUCUACAGGCAUCUGUGGAAAAAACACAACACCGUGUACUUUGACAUCAAGGUGGCUACUAGUUCCUUGAGAGGAGAGGACGGACUGGUGGCCCCGGUCCUUUUCCCGCCGACUCACAGGGUGAAGUCUGCUGUCUGGGAAUAUUUCGGCUACUUGAAAGACGCGGAGGGGACGGUGGUCUGUGACGGCUUUCCUAUAUGCAAAAUUUGCUACUUAAACGUAGCAGCUAAAGGAGGAAACACCACCAACAUGUUCAAACAUCUCAAAGAUCAUCACAAGUCCAUCUAUGAUGAAAUCAGGCCAGCUGGGCCCGAGGAGAUCGUUCCCGACCACACAUCUUCCAUUCUCUAUGCUCCCGAUGGACAGAACUCCAAAUUAUGGGAAUAUUUCGGAUACCUCAGAAAUGCGGAUGGGACCCUGAUAGAAGACGGAGCUCCAGCUUGUAAGAUUUGUGGCGUGAAGGUGAUGUGGGAUGGGGAGUCCACAUCCAACAUGACGACACACCUACAGGAGAAUCAUGAAGGAGUGCACGCUGAAGUGCAGGAAGCUCUCGGUAACCCAAGGACAGAAUACACACCUGAGCUUCCUGAGCUUCAUCCACCCACUCAGAAUGCCUAUCCUGUUUGGGAACAUUUUGGGUUCCUGAAGGAUGCAGAAGGAUCGGUCGUGUUCGACGGCUUCCCCAUCUGCAAAGUCUGUCGACAGAGAGUGGAGUCCAAAGACGGAGACACGAGGAACAUGUUCCACCACCUGAAGGCGAAUCAUCGGCACGUGUACCAGCAGAUCAAGCCUGCGGUUGAGAAACGGGUUUAUAAGCCAUUUGAGCUCUGUCCACCCAACGGCCGCCAGAUCGACAUCAGACUGUGGGAUCACUUCGGAUAUCCUAAAAACUCGGAGGGUGAGGUUGAAGAAGACGGAGCUCCGGUGUGUAAAAUCUGCCUUCAGAAACUCACAGUGUCCUCCAGAGGAGCAAACCUCACCACCAGCAUGCUGAGGCACCUGCGGAGGAACCACCAGUCCGUCUACGAGGAGGUUCAGGAGGCAAUCGGAGCCUGGAGACCUGAAUGGAAUAACGAAAAGCUCGAGCUCUACCCCCCCACGCAGAACGUCACAUCCUCUGUGUGGGAACAUUUCGGAUACUUGAAAGACGCAGAGGGGACGGUGGUCUGCGACGGCUUCCCCAUCUGUAAAAUAUGCCACCAGAAAGUGCCUUCUAAAGGAGGAAACACCACCAACAUGUUCAAACACCUCAAAGACUGUCACCGGAGUGUCUACGGUGAAAUCCGAUCUGCAGUGACAAACGAGGUGUUUGAGGACGUUCGCUCGGCCGCUGACCUCCACCCUCCCAACACCCCAUGCGACCCCACGCUCUGGGAACAUUUCGGAUACCGCAAAAACUCUGAUGGAGCGGUGGAAGAGGACGGAGCGCCAUUCUGUAAACUCUGCCUUCGGAAGUUAGUGUCAAGAGGAGAGACAACGAGAAACAUGAAGCAGCACCUUAAAGAGAACCACAACACUGUGUACACUGAACCUGAGGAAGUACUGAGCUCGUUUGUCUUGGAGCUGGACACAGGCACGUCAGACCUUCAUCCUCCAACCCGGAAAGUGAAAUCAGCCGUGUGGAAGUUUUUCGGUUACCCAAGAGAUGCGGCGGGGUUGGUCCUGAGUGAUGGCUUCCCCAUCUGCAAACUCUGUCAGAAGAAAGUUUCUGCUAAAGGAGGGAACACCACCAACAUGUUCACACACCUCCGAGAUUAUCACCGCACAACAUAUAACGAGAUCAAGGCCACCUUUGAUCCUGUAAGGACUGAGAACGAGCUGGAACCUGUGGAGCUUCAUCUCCCCACGACAGAAGCCCUGUCCCCGGUUUGGAAAUAUUUCGGAUACCCAAAAAACACAGACGGGUCUCUGGUGUGUGACGGCUACCCUCUGUGCAGACUGUGUCAGCUGAAAGUGAUGGCGAAAGGAGGAAGCACCACAAACAUGCUCAUGCACCUGAGGGCCUACCACCUGGAUGUGUACAAGGAAGUCAAGCCAGCUAUUACUAAAAAGUCCAUCUACAGACCCUUUGAACUCUAUCCACCGAGUGGGCAAGACGACAUUAAGUUAUGGGAUCACUUCGGAUAUCAGAAAAGUGCAGACGGAGAGCUGAAGGACGACGGAGCCCCAGUCUGUAAAAUCUGCCUUCGGAAAAUGAUCAAACCCCCAACGGGCGGGACGCCGACCACCAACAUGCUGAGGCAUCUUCGGAAAAAACACCAGUCGGUGUAUAACGAAGUUCAGGAAGCCAUCACCACACUCAGAACAGCGUGGGGUAUCGAACCACCGGAGCUCCACCCACCAACUCAGAACGUCACGUCUGCAGUCUGGCAGUAUUUCGGCUACCUGAAGGACGCAGACGGCUCGGUCGUCUGUGACGACUUUCCCAUCUGCAAACUGUGUCAACAGAAAGUGGCUUCUAAGCGACGGUGCACUACAAAUAUGUUUAAACACUUAAAGGAUUAUCACCGAACCAUCUAUGACGAGAGUGCAGUUACGAGCGAGACGUUUGAAGAUCUUUCCCUGCCGACUGACCUCCAUCCUCCCAGCGGCCAGUACAAUCCCAAACUGUGGGAGUAUUUCGGAUAUCGUAAGACUGCAGACGGGGACCUCAUGGAAGACGGAGCGCCGAUUUGUAAACUCUGCUUCCGGAAGCUGAUUUCUAAAGGCGAGACGACGACGAACAUGAUGCAGCACCUUAAAGAGAACCACAACGCAGUCUACAGUGAAGUCCAGAGGGAAGUAAACCCCUUCACCAUUGGAGGAGCCACUGAACUCCCCGAGCUUUAUCCACCUGAACACAGAGUGAGGUCUGGCGUCUGGAAAUAUUUUGGUUACCUGAGAGACACUGAGGGUCCGGCCAACUGCGCAGGUUUCCCCAUCUGCAAAAUCUGCCUUUCAAAAGUGUCCAAUAAGGGGAAAGUCACGGCCAAUAUGACCACACAUCUUAAAGAUCAUCACAGAAGCAUCUACGAUGAUCUCAAGAUCCCAGACAGAAGGCCGAAAGUUGUGCUGGCUGAAAAUCUCCCAGAACUUUACCCGCCAUCCAAACAGCCUCUGUCUCCAAUCUGGGAACAUUUCGGACUUCCCAAAAACGCUGACGGAGUGGUAGAAGAGGACGGAUGCCCCGUCUGCAGAAUCUGCGGCAAAAAAGUUUCAAGCCAAGAUGGAAGGAAAAUGAUAAGACAUCUGCAUUUCUGCCAUUUCUCUGUGUAUGAAGAGUUAAAGAACACUAUCAGAGCUUCCAAGUUGGGGGUGGACUCAGGAGGCCAACCCACCGACCUUCACCCUCCGUCCAAGAGCGUCCGGUCCUCCGUCUGGGAAUAUUUCGGAUAUCUGAAAAAUCCGGACGGUACGAUAAACGUGGACGGAAGACCAAUCUGCAAGAUGUGCUUCCAUAAAGUGUCCAGUCAUGGAGGAAACACGACCAACAUGUUCAAGCACCUGGAGGACAAACACGGGCUUAGUCAAUAGUGUGUGUGUGUGGGAGGAACUAUUCCAAGAACCAGAGUGAUAAAAAAGAUAUCUGGAUGCAUGUAACCUUUGUGGAGCAGAGGAAUGUGUUUUCGGUUAAUAAUCAGCACUGGAGGAAUAAGAUGACUUGUUAAAGGAGAAAUAGAGAAAAGACUCGAUCACGUUCACAUGCUGAUGUCCUUGUGCCUGGAUUUAAAUCACUGUUACCUCGUAUUCACUCUCUAGUCUAGUUCAAAUCAUGUGCUCUAUAUGGCUCAAGAGGUAGUGUUCAUACUGUGAGGUAAAGUCACGUGUAAAAUAUAAAAAAAAAAAAAAAAGUCUGUAGUAGAUGAAUGAAGUUUCAGUAAAUCAGCUUGUAGGCAGAUUGUUCCAUUCCUUUUCAAUGUCUGUCCUUUUAAUCCAAAACUUCCUACCUAUAGGUUCACUGACUCAUUAUUCCAUUCACACCUUAAAAAAAAAAAAAAGCUUUGGAUUCUGAUGGAAUUCUGAUGUGAAAAUCUGGGACAGCAGCUUACAUCAGGAUACCGAGAUCUGGACAGUAAAGAUGGUGGUGUCCAGCGUUCACCACGUGUCUUGUUAGAGUGAGACGGUUAGACAAACCUACAGUACAUACAGCACACACACUUCACGUAAGCAGCAUUCAGUAGCACUUCCUCCAUCACCACGUGGCUGGAAACUAAAAACUAGCACAGAAUCAAGAUGGUGGACUCGAUGGGUAGGAGAUGAUGUGAGAGAAAGUGGUAAUGAGUUGAUGGGAGAGGAGCAAACUCUGAGAAACAUCUGGAGUUUUGCAUGAAUAAAUGCAAUGUGAGAUGAAUUUCGCUGUCAUGUGGCUGCUGUGAUUUCUUUAUCGUGUUCCUUCAUUCUGUCUCUUCAUCGCAACAUAAAACACAACACUCAGAUGUGGAAAUGUCGUGAAGCCAGGAGCGAGAUGUUUUCUGUGUCUUCGGGUCAGUAGCGUGCUGCACUCGUCUACAGCCGAGCUUCACAAACGCUUACAGGCUCUUAGAACCAGCUCUUUAUUUAAUUUAAUUUUACAAGGAGACUCGAGUACACAAGCCACUAACUUACACUGACCAGGCAUAACAUUAUGACCACCUGCCUAAUAUUGUGUUGGUCCCCCUUUUGCUGCCAAAACAGCCCUGACCCAUCAUGCGCUGUGUAUUCUGACACCUUUCUAUCAGAACCAGUAUUAAUUUCUUCAGCACCUCUAGCUCAUCUGUUGGAUCGGGUCACACAGGCCUGUUUUUGCUCCCCACAUGCAUCAAUGAGCCUUGACUGUCCAUGACCCUGUCGCCGGUUCACCACUGUUCCUUGCUUGGACUACUUUUGAUAGAUACUGACCACUGCAGACCAGCAACACCA